GGGUGAUUUAGUUCUAGUACUCCGUACUCCGUACCGUCCAGGACUUCAGCUGGCUCUGAAUUCGCCGGGCUCUCGGACAUGGCUCACGACACUCGAUCAAGCAGUCCAAUUCAAUAGACUCGCCGGACAUGCUCACGCCCAUCCGGGUGCGCGGCCGCAGGAGAAAGCAUCCCGAUGAUGGAGCGCCAACGCCAACGUCCACGCCCGCGCCCAGCGGACCCAAGGGUGGACGACCCUUCUUGUCCCAUCAGGCGAAGCUCAACUCAUCUCAGGCAAGAAGCCACAAGCGAGCCCGUCUACUCAUCGCCAAACCGACCCAGCCACGGAAGUCGAUCCUGGAAUCGCUUCCCGUCGAGCUGAUCGAAAAGAUCUUUCUGUACUCACAAAACGUGAACUUUGCUCGCUGCUCCUCCUCCCUGGCCGCAGCAGUCUCAAGCGAGCGGAUAUUCCGGGCCCUGAUCCUGCUCGCGUUCUGGGAUGACUCCGCCAUGCCAGCCGGUACAACCCGCGCCUCCGAGGCCGCAAUCUCCAGGAUUCUCCGACCAGUGGAAUACAUUCCGAUCAGCCAUGCGGAGCGGCGAAAUCUCCAGGACAGCAUCCUUCGCUGCAAAUGGUGUACCGUUCAACGGCUUCUGGCGCAGCUCCCUGAUCUAAUGAACCUCACCCUCCAACGCCACUGGUUCGGCGCAGGGAUGACCAUGUCCGCGGUCGAAGAGGAAUCCUUGACCCAAUUUCUCGCCCAGAAGGGAGACGCCCGCGUUUUUACAGGCACCGACGCCAACACAAAUCCCUCUACUCUUGCCAUCAACCCCCUCGUGUCAAUAACCGUUACCCACCACGAAACGGAUCAAUCCACCACCUAUCCCGUCCUCGGCGUUCUCCUCAUCCCCGACAAACUCUUUCACGGCCUCUUCUGUCCCGAUCAGGUUCACUACCUGGAAACCCUCCGCAUAGCCAGCGGGUGGAACCGGCCGGACCUCAUCAAACCCACCGUCGCUGUCUCCCGCGAGUACCUGCAAAACGGAAUCCACGCUGCCCUCGUGCAGAACAACGCCGAAGCCCUAGCCACCCUCCUCAAGAUCGACGAAUACCAUUUCCGCAGUGAGAUCCAAUCUCUGCAGCCCACCGGCGGCGUGCCGUACACCGUCCCCGCGGAACAUUUCCGGACCGCCGUCCGAGUGGGCCGGCACGAUGCGACCUUGUUCCAGCUCCUCCUGCGUGCCAGUGCCGAGUCGGUCCCGGCGGAUGAUUCGGAAAUUACGGGGUGGGCUGUAGCGUUGGACAAUGCGUUUGGGGGCUGGUUAUUAGAGCUUAUGUUACGACUACCGCAGCAGAUUGAGGCCGCACGUGCCAACCCGGCCGAGGACGCGCUGUUCUAUCUCGGGCAAGCCAACGGGCAGAAAGAGCUGGGACGACGAUAUUUGAGGGAGGUGUUGGGGGUCGAGGCGUUGGGGUGUUGGAUGGGGGAGUCAGUGUUUGAUGUGUCGGGCCAAUGGAAGGUGGUGGCGGAGGGCAGCUCUGCUACUAGGAAUCCAUAGUAUCUUUUGAGGGAAGAAAAACAAAUAGUAGGGCACCGUACGAUGCAGUGGAGUACUACGGAGUGCUGUGACACCGUCCGGGUUACCUGUCCAACCACCCGGUGCCCAAAUAGUGGACCACAUGAUAGUCACCUAUCAUAUAACAACAUCAACAUCACCCCUGACUAUCUCUCUG